ACCUUUUUGGAGGGUCAAAAUUGGCAGCAGCUUUUCUCCUUUUUCUUCUUUGUGUGUUGUCGCGCAGUGACGGAUGAUGUUGUUUGUUGAGAAUAAUCCAUUGGUGUUGCCAAAGGUUAAACAAAAGCGGCAUUCGCCCUUUGGGUAAAAUAGGCAAGGGGAUGGCGGGACAUUGAAAUACGAGGUGGUGGAUACAGAUUUCCGUUUGCUUUUUUGCCCAUCUGCUUGUUCGUCACUCGUCUUCGAGUCGUCGACGUUUUUUUUUUGUUUCCCUCAUACAUAGACUUUUUUUAUAAAUAGAAGCUAGACUAGAUUGACAGGGAUGAAGGUUUCUACCAUCAUUGCCGGAACGGCCGUUGCUGCUUUGGCACUUUCGGCGGGUGGAGCGGUAGACGCUGCCGCUGCUGUUGGAUAUGGGGACUAUUCUCGAUGCGGAAAUAAUGUCAUUGUGCGGAAAGAAGUUCAUGACUUGACACAGGCGGAAUGGAACGUUUACAUGACAACUAUCCAAAAAGCCAUGGUGACCCCGUAUAUGCCCAACUCCCGCAUAUCGCUCUGGGAGUACUGGGCGUACAUUCACAACACUCAAUCACCAAAGAUUCACGGAAACAGUAUAUUCUCGCUUUGGCAUCGGUGGUUCAUCUUCUAUGUCGAGAGAGAGUUGAGGAAGAUUAAUCCAGCGUUUUCUUUUCCAUACUGGGCGACGGAUCGACAGUACGAUUCCCGUAGCUGGUCCUUUGACUCGAUCUGGAACGUUCAAGGCCGCCCAGCAGGUGCUGGCCAAGAGGUUACAGGCGGUGCAUGGGCUGGCGCUCGCUUCACCAUUGUCAACAGCAACCAAUCCCCUUGGCUCGCGCCCUUCAAAAACAGCAAAAUUAAGCGAGCGUAUGGUUUGGAGGACGUCCAGCGCAUGACAACUGCCAAUCAGCUUCGUCAAUACCGUUUCCCAUCUUUGGACGAUUACAAUAACAUUUACAACAUGUGUUUGAAUGUCCCAACCGGGUUCCAUUGUUGGGCGAAUCGGAACGAGUGGUUGCACGGGACGUUCCAUGUUGUCAAUGGCGGACAACAGCAGCAAGUUGGACAAAUGGCGACCAUGUUCUCGCCUUUGGACCCACUGUUCUAUCUUCACCAUUCCAACAUUGACCGUAUCUACGAUGAUGUCCAAGGCGGCUGGAACCGCGCCGGAAAAUCGCAAGAAUACCAGAUAAUGGGAUCCUGCCCCGAUAACCCAGAGAAUCCCGAUGAGAGUCAAUCUCCCAAAUGCCUGACUCUUGAUACCAAGAUCCCCGGAUUCAAUCUCUUUGUCCGUGAUACCCAGUUUUCAGCCAAGCUGUGCGUGAAAUAUCAAGCCCCUCUUCGUGGGCCGCCAGCUGCUCGGGCAAUUCAGCGACGGGAUGGACCGUUGGAUGAUGGGAUUGUCUUGGGCAACGUCGACGCUGAUGUGCCCUUGCCUAGUGAAGAUAUUAGUGUCCCGGGGGUCCUGGCCCCCGUCGUAGCGACGACCACCGCCCCGACACAGGCUACCAAAACUGCAGGAGCUACGGCGAAGGCUACCUCCAUCUCUGGAUCCAAAGUGAUCCCUCCGAUUGUGGAUAUAUCCGUGAACUCAUCUUUGAACAUCAAUGCUACCCUCCCCGUAUUCAAUGUCACCCUACCCUCUUACAACACCACCCUCCCGUUCCCUUCAUUGAACGGAAGUCUCAGCCUGAACGGCACCCUCAACCUCAACCUCACCUUUUACCCAAUCGCCUACACCCCUCCCUCUUUCCCAGCCGCACCUCUCCCAGACUGGUGGAUUCAAAUGCAGUACAGAUCCUCCCCCAACUUUACCGACACACACAUUGCCACGAUUAAAAAGAGUGUGCAGACCAUUUUCGAGACGACCGUGCAAAAGGUUCUGAAGGGCGAGAGGAUUCUGGGCCCUAUCGAGCGGUACGAUCGAGAACCCGAUUUGUUUGUGCCCAAGAAGAAGAAAUGUCAUAAAAAGGUGAAGGCUUAAGCGUGACGGGGACAGAGCAAUGGAUAAAAGUAAAUGUGUCACGGAUCUCGUUGACUUACGGUUAGACUGAAAAACAAAAAAAAGGAAAACCAAAAUGCCUUUGUUGUGUUGUGUUCUAUGUCUGUAUUUUUUUUCUUGCACGCAUAUUUACUGUUUCGCCUGCGAUCCAUGUGUGUGUGUGUAGUCAAUUAAAUAACGUUAAAGCCCA